AUGGUGCCUUCAAUUAUAAGUCCGUUCCAAGCGGUCCCUACAGAGCUCAUCUUAGAAAUGAUGAAGCAUAUGGGUGUGAGCGAUCUCACAUCCUUUGUCUUGUCGAACAAGAAGUUCCAUGAGAUUUUCAUGGAAAACCAAGCAAGCAUCAUGACAACUGUCUUAAUUCAUCAGGUUGAGUUAGACCCCAUGCUCCUCCUGCACACCAUUGACAGGAGAGACUUCUCACCAGACGCCAUGCUACAUCCACGCCGAAUCAGCGUCGAUAUUAAUCGUGGCUCAAAAAAGCACAUUGACCUUAUGCAAGCCGCAGUAGGUUUUCGAGACGGAAAACUCAUCUGCCCUCGCAAGAUUGUCUUAGGCGUUGGUGAUCUUGCUCGUCUCUGGAACAAGAUCAAAGUCAUCGAUUGGUGGGUGGAGGAAUUCCCGAGAAUCCGCUGGCACAAAAACCCUGAAGACGCUCGAUGCUUACGGCCAAGUGAAGAGCACCGGCUACGGACGGCGGUUGCCAGAUGGUGGCUCUAUUCGGAAUGUUUUCAUGGUAGGUAUGAUCGCUCCAUCUUCUUGCCAAGACUCCUGGAAACGGAUGCCAGGUUAUAUCACCUGCGAAUCAUGACUUCCGUUGAAGUUCGGGAGCUUGACGAUUUAUGGGAGACCCUUCGUGGUGCAAUUCAGCGCGAUAUUUGCUCCUCCUAUAACGCAAAGGACUGGCAGCCCAAACCCUGGGGCUGGGAUGAUUGGCGAUCUAAAGAUAUUGUCAGCACGUACUUGAAGCUAGACCCGCAACAGCUCAGGUACCUCUUUAGGAACACACCUCGUCUCAGCAAGUCUGCGGUCAUCAACAGAGCACGCCAAAGCCAGCGCGACUUUCCCGAGCUGCAGGAAACAUUGACGUGGUCGAUCAAUAUCGUACUACAAGAACGACUCUUGCUGAUGUCUAAUGCUUUCACAGACAUACCAGCAAGUGGGAUCCUUGACGAGGACUGUUUUAAGGACGAGAAAGGCAUUUUUAAGACAGAUGCUUGGACCACCGGCAAGCCUCCCUUGACCAGACAGGAAAUACUGUCUUAUCCAACGGGGUCACCUAGGCGCAUCGGUCCUGGCGAUGAUGGGCGUGAGCUCGACUUUCAUUUCUAG